AUGGAUAGAGACAAUAUUGAAAAUUUCGAAGUAAUUUUAAGAGAAGGGUGAAUAGAAAAGCAAAGCCGAUUUGUAAAAGAAUGAAGGCGCCGCUGGCUUGUUUUGACUCCAAAGUUCCUUUUUACGUUUAAGCAACAGCAUGCUUACAGAGACAAGCCAACCGAAACACUCAGGCUGCAAGCCUGUUUGGCUUGUAAAUCAGCUGUAGAAGAAACAAAAAAAGAUUUCUCUUUUAAAGUGGAAACUAAGGAAAGAAUAUUUUAUUUCUCAGCCUUGGAUCGAAAUGACAAGGAUGGGUGGAUUGGAGCUAUUGCAAGAGCCAUGGUUAGACCUGAAGUUUUGAGAACUUUAAGUGAAGAAAACGCACUUAAUGGAGUAAAAGCUUAA